ACCCAACGAAUUGUAAACUACGCAUACCCAGUUGUAUGUUGAUCUUAAGGUAAUAAUACACACCUGUUUUCGAGCUGUGAUUUCGCAGAUGAGGCUCGAAUCACCGGAACGGCGACGACGAACGGCCAUUGUUCGCCUGAGAAGAUCAUCUCAGGCGGCGAUUUAUUCAUCUGCCACUUGCCUGUUCUCCGGAGAAAUGCUGCGUGUCUGCUAUUGGGAAAUCAGGCCUUCCUUUGUCCUUCACCGUCUUCGUAUUGCCACUCUGUUCGUCGUCGUGUUUGUUUUCUCUUAUCUUGUCUUCGAUAGAGCUUUUGACUCGGGUCGGAUCCGAUUACCCGAAUACUUCGUUCCCUCGACUCGCAUAUUCCCAUCCUCACUUUUUGAUUCUUUGCCGGACAGUGCUGAUACUAAUCUGGAAACAGUCUUAAAGGACGCUUCCAUGCAAGACCAUACAGUUAUUUUGACCACUUUGAAUGAAGCAUGGGCAGAUCCAGAGAAUUCAAUUCUAGAUCUCUUUCUGGAAAGCUUUAGAAUCGGUUACCAAACCAGCAAACUUUUAAAUCAUUUGGUGAUUAUUGCUCUAGAUCAGAAGGCUUUCAUGAGUUGUAAGCGUGUACAUACUCAUUGCUUUGCACUCAUUACUGAAGGGGCUGAUCUCUCCCGCGAGGCCUAUUUUAUGACCCCUGAUUACUUGAAGAUGAUGUGGCUAAGGAUCGACUUUCUGCGCUCUGUUCUUGAAAUGGGAUACAACUUCCUUUUCACGGAUGCUGAUGUCAUGUGGUUCAGGGACCCCUUUCCACAUUUCUAUCCAAAUGCAGAUUUCCAAAUUGCAUGCGACCAUUAUUCUGGAAACUCAACUGACGUAGAAUCCAAUCAUCCCAAUGGAGGGUUUAGUUUUGUAAGGUCCAAUGUUCGGUCAAUAGAGUUUUACAAGUACUGGUACUCGUCAAGAGAAAUGUACCCCGGAUUACAUGAUCAGGAUGUCCUUAACAAUAUCAAAUUUGAUUCUUUUCUUAUAGACAUCGACUUGCAGCUGAGGUUUUUGAGCACUGCUUAUUUUGGUGGCUUUUGUGAACCUAGCAAAGACUUGAACAAAGUUUGCACAAUGCAUGCCAAUUGCUGUGUUGGCCUGGGAAACAAAGUUCAUGAUCUUAGAAUCAUGCUUCAGGAUUGGAAAAACUUUAUGGCGCUUCCUCCCAGCAUGAAGAUAUCACAAACACUAACUUGGAGUCCUCCAGACAACUGCACUCUUGCAUUGCGCCGCCACUUUGGUUUGUCUGGAAAUGGAACCAGAGUACACACAGUGAGUUAAACAUUUUGUAUGCCUAGUUAGUAAUUCAGAUUAUGAAACAGUGAUGUAAGAAUAUGUCAUAGGCGUUUCUUCCCCAAACCAACGUGUAGUAAUUUUCUGAGAAACAGCUUAUAGAUGACACGAUAGUUCCAGUGAGCUAGAUGUAAAAUAUUUUUAGUUGUGACAUACAAAGAAAAUGCAAUAAGACUUGUCUUAUCCUAGUGAUUUAGGUGAUCAAUUAACAAAAGAGAAUUGAGACAAAGUGCUCUCUAUACAUGCCUGGUUUUCUUACAUGUAUUCGUUAGUUUAUUCAUCUUUCAAUCGAUUUAUAACAUUUUUAUUUGUGCCGUUGUUGAUUAU